AGCCAACGAGGUACAAGGUAAAGAUUGAUGGGCGAAUUAAUAAAGAUAGAAUCUCUUACAAUGAAUCUCAUCUUUGCCGACAUUAUCAGAUGAAACCAAAAUUCUAAGUGAACCCCCUAGAUUACAUUUACUAAAUUUAGCACUCACACUUGUACAUUUAAACCCCGCGCGCCACUCCCCUUUUCCGCCACGAGACCCCAACUGACUUCCACCCGUCAAUUACAAUGAAUAUGCAACUGAUCAAGAAAUUUGACCACCGAACGCCCGCCCAGCAAAGAAUACAAACUCUCUACCACACCCACCCCCUCUCCCCCAACCAGUGCACCUCAAUAGUUCGUCAGAUGAUAGACGCGCCGCUCCCCCUGGUUUGGUCCAUACUGCGAAAGUUCAGCAACCCCCAAUCCUACAAACAGUUUAUCAAGAGCUGUGAUAUGGUUUCCGGUAACGGAGCUGCCGGAAGCGUGCGUGAGGUGACGAUCGUGUCUGGGCUGCCCGCGGGGAAGAGCACCGAAAGGCUUGACAGGCUUGACGAUGAUUUGCAUCUGAUGGUGGUUAGUAUUGUCGGCGGUGAUCAUAAGCUCCUGAAUUAUAAGUCCACCACCACUGUACAUGAAGAAGAGGGCGAGGAGGAAGGCGGCAGAACCGGAACGAUGGUGAUGGAAUCUUACGUGGUGGAUGUUCCGGCGGACAGUUGCGAGGAGGAUACGUGUUUGUUUGCUGAUACCAUAAUUGGGUGUAAUCUUAAAUCUCUGGCCAAGCUCACCGAGAAAUUGGCACGUCAAGAUGUCGGCACACAUAACGCGCUGGUGGAAGAGGAUAUUGAUGCUCCAAACUUAACUGGAAUAACCUUGAGGGGAAUUUGUUGAGAGUUCGACCUCUCGACCACAUCGCCCGAGAUCGCUUCUCAUGAGGUCAUUACCUCACCAAUUAGUCACAAUGAGGUCCAACAUCAGGUCGCUAGUCUUGAGGCCGCAACACCUUCUACUCAUCUCCAGGCCGCAUGUC